AUGUCGUAUUGGCGUACUGAACUUUCUCUUAGUUUAAAGGGUUAUAACAUCAAAACGAACUACAUUCACAUACGUCGAGGAAUUUUUCAGGGUGACAGUUUAAGUCCCCUCUGGUUUUGUCUUGCUCUGAAUCCGUUAUCUGCAAUAUUAAACAAUACAGGUUACGGGUUUCUCAUUAAGGGCAGUACUGGGAUAGAGUUCAAACUUAACCAUCUUUUGUACAUGGACGACAUAAAGUUGUACGCUGCUAAUGCUAGUGAACUUAGAGGCUUACUGCAAAGUACUGAGCAGUUCUCGAAUGACAUUAAAAUGUCUUUUGGCCUGGAAAAGUGUCGUACUUUAAGUCUUGAUAGGGGAAAGGUCAAAAAGGCAGAAGGCUACGACCUUCAGGAUGGUGGUAUAAUUGAUGCGAUGGCUAAAGAUGACAAUUACAAAUAUCUUGGUUUACUCCAAACUCUUCGAAUCGACCACAAGGAAAUAAAAUCUCGGAUAUGUAAAGAAUACUACCGUAGGCUCAAAGAAAUUCUCGGAACGGUUCUUAAGAGCAAAAACAUCUUCAAGGCAAUCAACACUUUCGCAAUGCCAACAAUAACUUACACCUUCGGAAUUGUAAAAUGGACAGACACCGAUAUCGGGAAUAUUGAGAGAACUACCCGUGUAUUAUUGACAAAAUAUUGGUUCCAUCAUCCUAAAUCCGCUACUGAUCGAGUAACUUUGCCAAGAGCUGAAGGGGGAAGAGGUCUCGUUGACCUAAGGCGGCUUUAUUCCAAGCUAAUAAAAAACUUGCAAAAUUACUUUCUCAGCAAAGAGUCGUCUCCCUUACACCAAACAGUUACUUUAGCGGAUAAUGGCUAUACUCGACUGGAUCUUCUUCAUUCUAAAGAAGUUGAGCCCUUGGUUGCUGAUGCCGAAUACCUUAAGGCCAAACUUAACCAGUGGGCCUCAAAACCACUACAUGGAAGGUUUGCCCAAGAGCUUAGAGGCCCUCACGUUGAUAUUGCGGCGUCGACCAGUUGGUUGCGCCGCGGGGAACUGUUUGCAGAAACUGAGGGUUUUAUGAUAGCAAUACAGGAUCAAGUAAUUCCGACAAAAAAUUACCUAAAAUACAUAGCCAAAACAAAUGUCGAAGAUGACCUAUGCAGACGAUGCUAUCAGAAAUCUGAAACGAUCCAACAUAUCACGGGUUCGUGCCAGGCUCUUGCUGCAUCAGAAUACACUCAGCGUCAUAACGAUGUCGCCAAAAUAAUCCAUCUAGCACUGGGCCGAAAAUAUGAUCUAUUGAAGGAUGACUACCCGUACUGGAAAUACUCCCCUAGUCCCGUGCUGGAAAAUGACAACAUUCAACGUAUAUUGGGAUAG